AAAUACACUCAUUUGGGUUGCCUGGAUAAUACAUUAUCGUGUUAAGCAGAACUCAAUUUGGGAUAUAAGGGCUUCGACUUCUGGUUCUUGGUAUGGAAACACAUUCUAAAAUGUCGUGAAGCAGCUACACCUCAUUGAGGCAGCGCGAGAAUAUUGUGCCAUGGUAUAAACUUGUUUGGAACAAGCUUAUUGUCCCUCGUCAUGGAUUUAUUCCAUGGCUUCUUAUAAAUGAUAGGAUGAAGUUGCAGCCUUGCAGGACAAUUGAUUGCGUGGGACUGGGGCAAGCUUCUAUCUGGCCUGUGUAUGCUCUGUCUAGGAGGCUAUGAAUCUUGUCUUCAUCUCUUUGUUGGGUGUGCAUAUAUCAGGUUUUCUUCUUUCUAUAAUUUUACAGGUUGCAAUUCCUCCAGAGUUGGGAGAUUGGCAGGCAGUAUUACAGUGGUGUGUUUUUUUGGUGGAGUGGCGAAUCAUUUUGUAGAAGCUUUGAAUCGGUUUGUCCUAAAGUGUGGUGAUCAGUCUAAUUUGUGGCAUGAACGUUGUUCCAUGAUGUAUGGCUCAAAGGGUGUGCGUGGAGUCCUUCCCGGCUUGUGCUUGAGAGGCGAAAUGGAUAGUUCGUGCUUUUCGUUGUCAACUAGGCUAGAGCUGCUGCAUUGUUACGAGUCUAGGGGUUUGGGGUAGUUUACACUUUGCUUCGAGUUUUUUUUACUCAUCUAUGUAGGAAGGCUUUUAUUGCACAAAACUUGUUUGUUUUUUUAGAAGCGCCCAUCGCAGUUUGUUAUUGAUUGUCAGUUCUUAAUGAAAUUUUGAUCUACCCAUAAAAAAUGAUAUAAAAUAAUUAAAAUAUAUUCAUUUGUCUAGUAUUUAAAUUUUAUACCUAACCCGAUUGUAUUUAUUUAAUAAAUAAAUGCCUCUAUCAGUUUAGAUAAACUAAAGUAUACAUGGAAGAAAGUGGACAGGCCAGCCGACCAUAAUAUUGACAAUCAUUUUGCUCGGGAAUAAUUAGUAUGUGCGCACGCCAAGUGUCCUAGUUCCAUCCACAAGUAUACCAACGUUAUUAUUUGGUUUGCUUUCUCUUUAGCUUCUCCUGUGGUUAUGAUUGGAUUGGCGGAGCAGAAAAACAUUAGAAUAAUUGAGCGUGGCGGCGGGCGGGGACGGGGACAGGUGGCGCAAAGGGAGUGGUUGAGCCGCGGGGGAGAAACAAAACAGUGACGAGGACUGAGGUGGGAUGGGCGGUGGUGGCUGAUAGCUCAGCUCGAAUAGACAGAGAGACGAAGCCCCAUUCCAUUUUGGUCGGUUCCUUUCUUUCUUUGUCUGUCCUCGUCUCAUCACAAACUAAACUAGCUAGCCGGCACACAAGUAGGGAUGGCAAAUUACCCACCCACGAGAGAAUUGACUUUGUCGACACCCGGGCUAACUAUGUAUUCUCUACUUGCUGCAUAUCACCAUAAAACUAGCAGUACUGUGAACUAGCUGGUGAACAUUGUUGUAGCUUUGUUGGUCCACUCUCCCAUUUUCUACGUGUCAUUUGAUGAUUAGUUCAACGACAUCCAAUCGCCGUGCAUUCGGAUUUGAGUUAUAGACAAGAAGAAAGUGCUUAAUCCGCGUCUAUUUUCCAACAAAACUUCCUUUGCUUUUAACUAAUUAACUUGUGAAUUCCUUACCUUUGGUCGCAAAAUUGAAUCCCGACAGACUGGAACUCGUAGUUUACCAUCAUGUGCCACUUUUUGUACAUGUAUAGACAAAAUAUUAUCACAAACAGAAUAUUAAGGGGACAGUAAACCUUUAUAUUCACUUUGUUUCUAUUUUAACUUCAAACUCUUUUUAUUUAAAUUUCGAUUCAUUUCUUUAGGUAUAACGUUAUUUUCGUAGUUUUUAGGCACUGAUUUCUAAAGCAGAACAGGAAAGGAAAAUUGAAGGAAUUCGAGUGAAGAGGACUGCUCCUCAUAUCACUCACCUACUUUUUGCUUAUGACAACAUACUGUUCACUAGGGCUACCGGAGUUCAAUGUGAGCAACUGAAAUCUAUUCUACAGGUUUAUGAAGCAGAAUCUGGACAACAGGUCAAUCUCCACAAGUCAGAGCUAUCCUUCAGUCCUAAUGUCAGACAAGGACUACGAAGGGAGUUAGCUGGGAAGCUUAAUAUGAGAAUGGUGGAUCACCAUCAAAAUAUCUGGGUCUGCCUACCAUCAUAAGCAGAUCGAAAAAACCGGUUUUUGGAUAUCUUGUGGAUAAAGUUAGAGCCAAAGUGAAACCUGGAAGGGGAAACUUCUUUCAGUGGCAGGGAAGGAGGUGCUCAUCAAAUCUGUUGCUCAAUCUCAACUGACAUAUGCAAUGUCAGUUUUUAAGCUCCCUACUAAUAUUUUGAAGGAAACAAAACGAGCCAUAGCUCAAUUCUGGUGGGGACAGCAGCAAGAAGAAGGCAGAACUCACUAGUUAAGCUGGAAGGAGCUUUGCAGACCAAAAAAACAAGGGGGAAUGGGUUUCAAAGACCUGCAGAGUUUCAAUCUUGCCAUGCUGGGUAAGCAACUGUGGAGACUAUCCCAAUUCCCUAAUUCCCUAGUGGCACGAGUAAUGAAGGCAAAAUAUUUUAAGGGUUGUGACCCUCUGGAGGCUGAACUAGGUAGGAACCCUAGUUGGGUGUGGCGUGGUUUAAUGGCUGCAAAGAACCUGGUGAAACAAGGUGCAAGGUGGAGAGUGGGAAAUGGGAUUAAAAUUGACAUCUGGCUGGACAAGUGGAUACCCUCAAGUACUACUUUCAAGGUGACUUCCCCAACAGUCAAUUGGGGAACAUCAACUUCUGUGGCUUAACUGAUCGACACUGACACUAGAAGCUGGCGUUCAGACCUAAUUCAAGCACAUUUUAAUCCCACAGACUGUUCUUAAAUCCUAAAAAUUUCUAUUCCAAGACAGCCUGCUGAGGAUAGAGGGAUUUGGGGACAAGCAAGAACGGGGGAGUACACUGUAAAGUCGGCGUACAAAUUAUAGGAAGAAAGAAAUGUGAAUGAGGAGGGCGAGCCCUAUUCGCCAGUCAAUUGGAAGAAGGUUUGGAAUCUACAGAUUUCCCCUAAGGUAAAGAUAUUUUCUUCGAAAUGGUUGCGGAAUAUACUACCUACAAGAUUUCGAAUUCUAAAACGCACCCAACAAGGAAGUGAUGACUGCCCUUUCUGUGGCCUAGAAGAAACCCAAGAACAUAUUCUUCGGGACUGUGCAUGGGCUCGCAGGGUUUGGAGAUACAGCACAAUGGACUCGUUGGUUGGGAGGGGCGAAAAUCUUACCUCAGAAGAAUGGUUUUGUGAACUGCAGGAAACGGAGUCAGAGGAUCAGCUUGGGUCCCUUCUGGUGGCUCUCUGGUACCUCUGGGAUCAGCGAAACUGCCAUUUGUGGAAUAAAAAUAAAUUAGAAGAAUGGGAGAUCUUACCCAGAGCCAGUGAAUGGUUGCAUGAUUACCUGACAAAGCAGAUGAAGUCCCAAUCGGAGCCGAGGGAGGAGGAACAGCGAUGGAAACAUCCGACGGCAGGGUCGGUGAAGCUUAAUGUUGAUGCGGCUUGUUUCGAUGGACAAGGAACGAGAUGGGGAGUGGUGGCUAGGGAUCAGAAUGGCCAAUUUCUGUUCGGUGCAGUUAAAAGAUCCCAGACUCAGUGGAACCCAGAAGAAGCAGAGGUGCUAGCGGUGGAUUUCGGUCUGGAAAUGGCGAGGAGGAUAGGAAUGGGGGAAGUGGAAAUGGAAUCAGAUUGUCAGGGCAUCAUCCAGCAGCUACGCCGAGAAGAGAGAAGGGAAACCGAGGUUGGGCUGAUGUGCGAGGAAAUCCGGAUCAAAGCCCUGGCCUUGGUCCGGGUUUGUUGGAGCUGGGUGGGCCGAAAUAAAAACAAGUCGGCCCAUAAGAUGGCCCAUCUUGAGUGUAAUUGGGAUAGUGAAGAGGUUUGGGAUAACAACCCACCGCAAAUACUUGUACCUCUCCUUAGAGAGGAUGCUACUGAAAACUUUGCUCCUAUUGAUUAAUAAAUAAUUACAGUUUUCCCUUAAAAAAAAGAGCAAAGAGGAUAUUGUUCCUCCAUCCCAUAUAAACAGUGUAUCUGGCAUUCUGGCUGGCUAACAGCCCAUGUAUGCUAAGUAAGUAGCUAUAAUUAUUCUUACCGAUGACAUGAGUUUGAUCCUAUUCCUUGGCAAGUGACCUGACCAACACCCACAUGGCACACAGAGAGAGGGAAUCUGAAGAUAAUCCUCCCCACUUCUUCACUGAUCUGCAUCCCAGCAAUCAAGAAACCAACAACCACACAACCAAAAACAAAAUUAGCAUGCAUGC